UUAGUACUUUUUUUCUAUUAACUAAGAGAAGAAUGAGACGACCAGGACAAAUACUAUGACAAGUUGAUUUGAAAAUCCCUUAUUGCUCUUUCUCUCUCUUCACAUGCUGCAAUAUAUUUAUACACAACUCUUAUAGCUACUGGCCAAAGAUCAGAAAAACCAUCAGUGCCUUCACUAUGACAGAUCCUCACUCCAAUUUAUACGCUGGAACCUUCAACUUCAUGCCCCUUUAUUCUCACCGUUCUUCUUUCACUUCUCAACCAAACCAUUUCUCUUCCUAUUCAUACUCAAACAUAACUAACACCACCAACACCUUCUCCAAUAUUGUUCAAUCAGAAACCUCCUCUUCAUCUUGUGCAGCUCCUCCUUCUCCUCCUCUCAGAGAGGCCCUUCCUCUCAUAAGUCUCAUAAAGCACAAGGAGAAUGAACCCUCCAACGCUGGCUGCGAAGCUGAAGAGGAAGGGCACAAGAAAGGAGACAUGGAUGAGACCCUUUUGACUGAAGAUGGUGAUGAUGAAACUGUGGCAGUAGCACUGCACAUAGGUCUUCCUAGCGUGGAUUCUUCUGAUCUUCUGGGAUCGGGGAAGAUCUCAGCUUGUGCACAAAUGGGUGAGAAAGGGGAAGUGAGUGUGGUUUCUGGACACCCUUUGGAUAGAUUAAACAAGGUUCAGUAUUGGAUUCCCACCCCUUCCCAGAUUCUCAUUGGCCCUACUCAGUUUUUAUGUUCUGUGUGCUCCAAGAGUUUCAACAGAUAUAAUAAUCUUCAGGUAUGCAAUAUGCUAAUAUUUUUUUCCUUGUACUCUUUAUAUAUACAUAAUUAUUAGAUAAAAUCCGGUUAAUUUAGUUACAGUGUUUUUUCUCUUUCAUGUAAAGUCUCUAAGUUUCGAUCUUUUCUUUAUUCACAAUAAUAUCGAUGAUUCCUGCUGUGUUUCAUCUUUUUGGUUUGUUAUCCACCCUUUCUGCAUGCUGUUCUGAUCUUUUUCGAUCUUAUCUAUAUCUAUCUAUCCAUAUCUAUAUAUGUAUAUGUGUGUAUACGUGAU